CAACGGCCAGUAGUACCAGUGAAUACUCGUAAAUUCGCAGCAGACGAAGACGACUACAAUCGGAAUAUCGACGCUAACGCGCGCUGUGCCAACGCAUUUUGCAAAGUGUUAAAAAUUGUUAUAUGCAUUUGCAUUCAUCCUAAAAGUAUGCUAGGUAUUUAAAAAAAAGUGCAAAUUUUAGAUUUUGAAUUGCGAACCGCAUAUGCAACAGUGCGGAAACAUUUCUGAAUCGUAAAAACAGUUAUUAACUGCGUAGGCUGAACACCUACGCGUAAUACGCAAAAACAUACAUAUUAGAUAGUGAAAGUCCAAAUACGACAAAAAUUGGAGAGUAACGGCAAAAUAAAAUCAAAAAAAGUACAGUUUUCCGUAUAAUAACAAGUGUGAAGCAUAAUAAUAUAGGAAACUAUUUGUGUUUUUUUUUUUCGAAGAAAAAAGUAUCAACUUGGCUUACUCACAAAGUCAUUGAGUUGGUUGGCGAGGAGUAGGCGACGAAGCGGCCUAUAGUAAAAAGUGUGAUUCAUACAAUCCUUGCUACCUGCAGGCAACGCGUAACCGCAUAACCGCAUUCGCGACAUAAAACCACCCUCACCAAUAACAACAAAAAAUAAGAGUACUACCACUAAGUGUACACACAGCAUAGAUUUUGCAAGAACACGCUAGAGCGCACUUAGCACUCGUUCGGGAACAGCAGUUCCCCAAAACACCGUAGGUAAAUACGACAUCGACAUAGACGACGGUGACUUCGGGGUUCGCGAAGACAAACCUCUUCGAUUCAGCGAAUAGUAAUUACAGCUGCUUGUUUAGCGUGCGUACCAUAUUGGGAAAAAUCGAUUAGGUUUGUUGAAUUUUUCAAACGCAACACGCAUUAACACAGUCAAACUCAGAACUAAUAAUUACAACAAUUAUAAAGCAAAUUUUCUGCGACUAAGCAAAGGCAAAAUUUCAUAAAAGUUAGUCUCAUUGCGAAUAAAUGUAGUUGCGCUUUGGGUUGCUCAGACAUUCGUGUAUUGUUCAACAAUUCGUAUUGUUCAACAACGUCAACACAAUUGUGGUGAACAUUCAGCACAACAACAACUACAACUUGAGAUCGACGUAUUAGCAGAUUAUUGCAAGCAAGAUGGGCGACGAAUACAGCCCAGAUGUGAGCUCCAUGGAGACAAUAAUUCCAGCGAUUUUGGGGUUUGCUGCCGCUGCAGCGCUCUCAGCUGUCGUGUACAUUUGCGCUAAGCGAAUACGAGCACGCAACCGUAAGCAGAAUCAGCAUGACGCAUCAUUUCCAUUUCAGCCAACACGGCGACCGACUGCUGUGCGCUCGCCAAGUGGCCAACCACCGCACUAUCUGAAGAAAUCACCAUCACCGACUGGCACCAAACAAUUGGGCAUUUUGCAACCUAUGCAAGAUCAGACCACCUCCCCGAUUGCACCGCAAACCAUGAAAUACAUGGAGGAAGAUGAGAUACAACCGACCCGACACAAUCGCCAACUAAUGAAUGGCGAGCAAAAGCAUUCUCCCACCAUUGAGACACACACAACAGUUGUGGGCCAGACCCCGGUAGGUAAUGGCAACAAUAAUGGCCACAAUCACUAUCAUCACCAUCACAUGAGUGCUAUGGAAGACACAGCCAAGGAGUUGACUAUCGAGCAGUAUGGAAAAUUGGGCACAAUUUACUUUAAGCUACGCUAUUUAGCCGAACGCAAUGCUCUGAUGGUGUCGAUUAUACGUUGCCGUGGCUUACCAUGUAAGAGUGGUGGUGGAGGCGGUUCUGGUGCCGGCACCGGUGGUGAUGGUGGCGGUAACAGUAACAGCAAUAAAAACGGUGCAAACGGUUCUAAUGAAAUACCGACUGGCUUGAAUGGACGCACACAAACCGCCACCGAUCCGUAUGUGAAACUUCAACUUUUGCCCGAUAAACAGCAUAAGGUGAAGACUCGCGUUGUACGCAAUACUCGCAAUCCAGUAUACGAUGAGGAUUUCACAUUUUAUGGGCUAAACAUCAGUGAUCUACAGAAUAUGUCUCUGCAUUUUGUCAUCCUUAGCUUUGAUCGUUAUUCUCGUGAUGACGUCAUCGGUGAGGUAGUCUGCCCAUUAUCAUCCAUUGAAAUCGGUGACAUCUCCAAAGAGGCACUCUCUAUUAGCAAGGAAAUACAGCCACGCAGUUUGAAGAUUCGUGCCCAAGGACGUGGCGAGCUGUUGAUUUCACUUUGCUGGCAACCAGCUGCUGGCCGUUUGACUGUGGUUCUAUUAAAGGCCCGCAAUUUACCCCGCAUGGACGUGACCGGUUUAGCCGACCCAUAUGUUAAGAUCUAUUUGCUGUAUAAUGGACAACGCAUUGCGAAGAAGAAGACACAUGUCAAGAAGCGCACACUGAGUCCAGUAUUCAAUGAAAGUUUCGCGUUCGACAUACCCGCUGCAGAGGGUAUCGGCGCCACACUCGAUGGUGUUUCACUGGAGUUGAUGCUUUUAGACUGGGAUCGUGUUACCAAAAAUGAGGUAAUUGGUCGUUUGGAACUUGGCGGUCCGAACUCUGGUGGCACAGCGUUGAACCAUUGGAAUGAAGUGUGUAAUUCACCACGAAGACAAAUUGCCGAAUGGCACAAGCUCAACGAGUAAGGCAACAAGAAAUUGCAUGCAAAUAACGGAAAAAUUAAGGAAAAAUAGACGAAAACUAUUUUCGGUUGCAAAUGUUUUUCUGUUGUGGGGGCAGAUUUUGUACUGGAAAUAAAAAAACCUGCUAAUUUUUGUUAAAGAAAUGCAAAAGCAAUUAGGCAUAUGUGCAUAUAUAAAUGCAAGCGCAAGUAAAUAUGUAUGUAUAAAGGGAAAUGUGUGCAAAGUAAUUUGAUCAAAAAAGUAAUGAAAUCCAUUAUACCAAAUGUCGAAAGCUCAUUAUUGCAGAACUUACAUAUAAAAAAAAGCUUUCGUUUAUCAAAGAGCAACAGCAUACUCACUUAUAACUGUAAUAUAAGCAUAUAAUUCAGUGUGUUAUCAUCGCAGAGAAAUUGCAUAGACACAUACACACACACAAUCAAAUGUUGAAUUAAAAAAAGAGAAACAAGAAAAAUAAAAAAAAUAACACACACUCAUAUUUUAUGAAGAAAAUCCCAAUAAAACUAGAAGUGUGUGGAUUUGUUAGCAAAAGAUUUCAAUUAGUAGACAAAUUUAAUGUAAUUUUACGGUAAUAUGUAACGGACAAUGAUUAUUUUUGAUGCCUAUAUGCUUCUUAUGUUUUGCAACAAUCGCGACGCUGACAAUUUAAAUUACAUAAACUAUAAUUGAAAUGUAUUUGUUUGCAUAUAAUUUAAGUACAAAUUGAACACAGCCGAUUUAAAAUUGUGAAAAUGAAAAUAAAAGCAAAAAAAAAAAUAAAAAUAAAAUAAUUAUAAAAAUUUUUAUAAUUUCAAGCUUUUUCACUGCUCAACAAGUAAAGCUUACUCUAUAUCUUCUGUAUAUAAACUAAAUUUAUAUAUUUUUUGUUUCGCAACGAAAACACCAAAUUAAACUCAUAAUAUGUAAAAUAUGCUUGUGUAAAAUGUAUAGGUAUGAAUAUUUAGCAGGCUGUAAGAAAUGAAUACUCAAUUAGAAUGGAGACACUGAGAAGGGCGUAGAUAUGUUAAGGUUAAACCCAAAGUGGAUGAUAACAGAAAUAUUUUUUUUAUGUAAUUUGGACACAUAAAACUGAUUUUGUAAGACCUUAGUUGAUUCAAUUAACAAAAAUUCAAAAUUGUAAGUUUUUAUAUAUAUUUUAUAUAUAUGCAUACAUUUAAAACAAAUAUAUACUUUACAUACAUUUUUAUGUAUUUCAUACGCAUAUAAAAGAAUCUCUUUAUUUUUAAAUUAAAAAAAUUUUAAAAGCUCAAAACUUGCACAAUAAAUAUGUAAGCAUAAUAUGAAAUCUAUAGUCUUGUCAAACUGUAAUGUUCCAACCGCUAUACCAUCAAAAGAAAGCAUACAACAAUAUUUCAGAAAUUCACAUUCAAAUAACAGAUUUAUAUUUUUCUCACACACGCAUGCAAACACAUUUAAUACAUAGCUGUUUAAUAGUAGUUAUGCACAUGCAUAUAUACAUGUAUUUGAGCAUGUAUGUAUGUAUAUCGAUUAGUUGAAGAAUGAAGCAUUCGUUCCAUUAAUAUUCAUACAUAAUAUGUACGUAGAAAUAAGCUUAAAAUGUAGUUUAAUAGCUGUGAGUGUGCAAAACCGUAACAGAUACCGAACCGUAAGCAGUACAAUAAAUGCUAUAUGUAUAUGUUAAAUAAUAUCUAAACAACUCAAAGAAACCAUGCGUAUGUAUGUGCAUACCAUAUAUACACAUGUAUGUAUGUACGUAUGCACUUGGUAGAUACAUAUGUUUGUAAAAAGAUGGAUGUAUGUAUGUAGUUGGAUAGUUGCAUAACAAUUCUUAAUAAUUCCGAUGAGUUUGAAUAUAAAUAAUAAUACAUAUAUAUGUAUAUAAAAUAUACAAUAUAAUAAUAUAAAAUUUACUAAAACAACAAUAAAAACAAUAAACAAAAUUAUCAACUAAUUCGCACCAAUGCAAAUCAAAGAAAAACAAUGAUACAAAUUACAUUGAAGAGAAUGAGUGUUAAACAAAACAAACGAAAAAAAAAUAAGGAAAAACAAAAGUAUUUAUAAAACACAGAUUUUAGCUCAAUUUCUAAUAAACUCUACUUUUUUAUUUUUGCGAAUCGAGCUUAAUACAAUGCAAAUUUGAUUCAGUUCAAUUUUUAAUUUAACUUUUAUUUAGUUUUGCGGUUGAAGCUACAGAAACGACAGGUGGAUUUAUGAUAAAAUUUACAUAGCAUGUGGCAGGCUAAUGAACUUUCAUAAAGCUUUAGUUUUGGUUAUAGUACCAAGUAAGCAAGUAGGCGACAGCAUUGAUCCCGACUUUGUACAUACUUGAAUGCUUACAUAUUUAAGGUAACAAAUUCUGCACAUCUUUGGCUUUUAUGCUGUUCAUGGGAAAGCACUGGCAUCUUUUUUCUAAGCAAUUAGAAUAACAGAUAUUAGUGAAAAAUUCGCCGAUGCAAUUCAAAGCUUUAAGUUCAAAAGCAAUUUGAGUGACUGAUGCUCUGAAAGCUCUUAACAAAUCAAAGCUUAUUUUCGCAAGUACAGUAAUGGGUGCUUCUAAGAACGGUAAGCACCUUUAGAGAAGUUAUUAAACAAGGAAAGUGAAACUAAAAAAAAAUCAUAAUUUACAAAGCACUCAUAGUUCUCCUUCUCUCAAAUACUCUGUUAGAUGUAAAUUAUAGUAAAAUAUUUACAUUAUUUAAAUAUAUUUACAUGUCCGUAUUAUAUGCACACACACACACAUGUGAAUACCACAGCAAAAACGUUGCAUACAUCUGCAGA